GUUUGGCCGCGGCGGGGCUGAGUGCCGGAUCUGUGGUUGUAGUUGGUUUCCCUCGUGGUGUCGCGGUUGGGUGAGCUUCGCGCCGCGGCCCGUUUUCUUGAAGAUCAGGACCGGACCCGGGCCACGCUCACGUUUCGCCGUCCCCGGCCUGGCGUUCGCGCGGACCCGACGGAGUCCUGAAGCCUCGAAAGUCUAAAGGGGCCUGGAGAGCCUGCGGCGAGGGCGGGAAGCCGGCCAGGGAAGUCGAGGCUGCCUCGUCCGAGGGCUUUUGCGGGGUCGUGCGCUCCACCAGCGUCCUCCACCUGCGAAGGAUCGUUUCAGGUUGUGCGGUUCCGAGGGAAAAUACUUUUGUUUCUGUUUUGUUGUUGAGACAGAGUCUUGCUCACUCACCCAGGCUGGAGUCCUGUGGCAUGAUCUUGGCUCACUGCCACCAGCGCUUCCCGGAUUCGAGCGAUUCUCGUUCUCCAGCCAUCCAAGUAGCUGCGUUUACAGGAACCCUGGCGCCCCUUACCAGCUUCCAGUCUCUCGAGGCAGCCAGCGUGCUGCUUGGUCCUUGUUCCCAAGAUGGACUUUCCCAGCUCCCUCCACCCCACGUUGUUUAUGACUGGCCCCCUUGGUGUGAACGAUGCCUCUGACCUGUCCUUCAUGUGCAGCUGGCAAAACACGCUGACUCUGCCAGAGGCCCAGCCCCAGAACUUGAAGAAUGGGGCACUGCACGUGACCAAGGACCUGCUGUGGGAGCCAGCGACCCCUGGGCCUCUCCCCAUGCUGCCUCCCCUUGUCGAUCCCUGGGAACCUGGCCUCACAGCCCAGGACCUGCUUUUCCGAGGAGGGUACCGGUAUCGGAGGCAACCCCGAGUCGUGCUGGAUGUUACUGAGCAGAUCAGCCGGUUCCUCUGGGAUCAUGGAGACGUAGCCUUUGCACCCCUGGGGAAGCUGAUGCUAGAGAAUUUCAAGCUGGAAGGAGCAGGGAGCCGCACUAAGAAGACGACAGUGGUCAGUGUGAAGAAGCUGCUCCAGGACCUCGGUGGACACCAGCCCUGGGGGUGUCCCUGGGCUUACCUCAGCAACCGACAGCGCCGCUUCUCAAUCCUUGGGGGCCCCAUCCUGGGCACGUCGGUGGCCAGCCACUUGGCAGAGCUGCUGCAUGAGGAGCUGGUGCUGCGAUGGGAGCAGCUGCUUCUGGAUGAGGCCUGCACUGGGGGCGCGCUGGCCUGGGUGCCUGGAAAGACACCUCAGUUUGGGCAGCUGGUCUACCCCGCUGGAGGCGCCCUGGACAGGCUGCAUUUCCAAGAGGUCGUUCUGGCCCCAGGUGACAACCCCCAAUUCCUUGGGAAACCCGGACGCAUCCAGCUCCAGGGACCUGUCCGGCAGGUGGUGACAGGCACCGUCCAGGGAGAAACUCUGCUGGCUGUCCGCUCUGACUACCACUGUGCUGUGUGGAAGUUCGGUAAACAGUGGCAGCCAGCCCUUCUGCAGGCAAUGCAGGUGGAGAAGGGGGCCACAGGGAUCAGCCUCAGCCCUCACCUACCCGGGGAGCUGGCCAUCUGCAGCCGCUCAGGAGCCCUCUGCCUGUGGAGUCCUGAAAAUGGGUAUUGCCCCUUCCCGUGAAAUCCUCCACCCUAACAGACUGAACGCCGGCCGGUCGCUCCCCGUUCUGCAUGUUCUGACCCUUGAACCCCUUCCACAUCAGCCUGUCCCCCUGCCCAUGGCUUGCCCAUCUCCCCAAGGCUGCAGCAAGUCUAUAAGGACCCCGAGACCCUCGUGUUCCGGGACUCCUCUUCCUGGCGUUGGGCAGACUUCACCGCCCACCCUCGGGUGCUGACUGUGGGUGACCGCACUGGAGUGAAGAUGAUUGACACUCAGGGCCCACCGGGCUGUGGUCUGUUGCUUUUUCGUGUGGGGGCAGAGGCUUCAUGCCAGAAAGGGGAACGUGUGCUGCUCACCCAAUACCUGAGGCACUCCAGCCCUGAAUGCCUCCCUCCCACUCUGCAUCUCGUCUGUACCCAGUUCUCUCUCUACCUAGUGGAUGAGCGCCUCCCCCUGGUGCCGCUGCUGAAGUGGAACCACGGCCUUCCCUCCCCGAUCCUGCUGGCCCAGCUGCUGCCUCCGCCCCGGCCCAGCCGUGUGCAGCCUCUGCUCCUGGGAGGCCAGGCCGGGCAGCUACAGCUGCUGCACCUGGCAGGAGAGGGGGUGUCAGCACCCCGCCUGGCAGGGCCCCCCCAGUCUCUUCCUUCCAGGACCGACUCUCUCCCUGCAUUUCCUCUGCUGGAGCCUAAGAUCCAGUGGCGGCUGCAGGAGCGUCUGAAAGCUCCGACCAUAGGUCUGGCCACUGUUGUCCCGCCCUUGUCCUCCACACCAGGCCUGGUGGUCUUCCAGCUCUCCGUGGCAGGAGAUGUCUUCUACCAGCAGCUCCGCCCCCAGGCCGACUCCAGCGACACCAGACCUGACUGCCAUGCCCCGACGGCUUCCUGGACCCCCCAGGACACUGCUGGCUGCAGCCAGUGGCUGAAGGCCCUGCUAAAGGUGCCGACAGCUCCUCCUAUGUGGACAGCACCCACCUUCAACCACCACCACCUGCUGGGCAGCGUAGAGCUGCAGAGAGAGGAAGGGGCGGUGCAGCAGCCGGGCGUGCUGCGAGAGGCCAUGGCCCAAGGUCGCCUCCUGCUGCAGAGAGACCUGGGCUCCCUCCCCAUGGCAGAGCCACCCCCUGCACCCGAGCCAGGCCCAGCAGAUGAGCUCAGUGAGCGCCUGGGGGAAGCCUGGGCAGGCCAAGGGGCUGCCUGGUGGGAGAGGCGGCAGCAGGCCAGGACCUCAGGGCCAAAGAGACAGCCCAGGCGGCCCAAGCGCCGGACCCAGCUGUCCAGCACCUUUUCAUUCAGUGGCCAUGUGGACCCCUCAGAUGGCACCAGCCCCCCUCACAGUCCUGAGGGGCCACCUGCUGGUGCUCUGCCUCGGUCCCCCAUGACGUCGCCCUCCCAGGAGUUGACUCCGGAUACAUGGGCCCAGGGCAUCCCCUCAGAGCGGCGGCAGACCCUCCGUGACUACAUGGCCAAGCUACCACUCCAAAGGGACAUCCCAGGACAUGCUGGCACACCCCCCUCCUCCCAGGCCUCCAGCACCCGGGCCACCCGCUCCCGGCAGCACACACCCAUCCUCUCUGGCUCUCAGCCCCCCCGGAAAAAGCCUCGAAUGGGCUUCUGAGGACACAGGGUGGGCUGCCUCCAGGCCCCAGAGAGCCCUCAUCCUUCUCCACAGUUGAAACUUGGGAAGCAGAGCUCAGUACCUUCCAGAGGUGGCUGUGAUGAUGAGCCAAGCAGUUUGGAGCCAAGUUGAAGGGAUAGGGCACAGAAUGUAAUCAUUUUUUCUAUUUUAUAUAUUCACCUGAAGAUCAUUCCAAAAGGCAGCUUCGUGAGGUGCUGGCGGGCCUGUGUUGCUGGGAUUCCAGUCUGUGCUGGCAGGCAGGGCUCCACUGCACUCCAGCAAGUGGCCUCAGACAGGUCCCUCCAUUCUCGUGCCUUCCGUCCUCCAGCGAAAAGGGGGCAGUAGCGCUGCCUCCUCGUGUUUGGUGAGGCCCCUGCAGAGCUGCUGCUGAGGCAGGCACAGUGGCCGUCGGCAGCUGCCGUUUGGGGUGUUUCAGCCUCUCCCGAGAUCAAGGGUUUUGUACGGGAAGACACCUGGUGGAUCCCAGUUCAGGGAUUGAAUAAACUUGUCAACUAGACAGGAA